AUGCAAAGGCUCCUCAAGGCAAACCGAGAGCUGAAUUUGCUGUGGAAAAUCAUGAGAGGAGAAGAAGUACGAAAUUUAUUUGGGAAUAUCAAGUGGAAAUUUAUCGUGGAAAUAGCCGCCUGGUGGGGUGAUUUUUGGGAACGCUUGGUAAGGUCAGUUAAGACGUCCCUGAAGAGACUCUUAGGAAGAACAUCAGUUUCAUUUCAAGAACUGGGAGUUAUAUUGAUAGAGACAGAGGCAGUUAUCAACUCUAGGCAUCUCACUUGUGUUUUCAGCGAUCCAAAUGAAAGAGAACCGCUAACACCUGGAUAUUUCUUGAUUGGACGACGAUUAUUAACUCUUCCUCAAGGAACUCAAGGAAUUCCUUUCUCCGAAUCUCAACUUUUGAAGAUGAGAAGAUAUCAAGAUUUACUUAAUCGAAUUUGGAAAAGAUGGAAGGCAUCAUAUUUUCUUGAGCUUAGGUCAGCUCACCAAUCACGAUCAGUAAACCGACCCGAAGAACUUCCAGAGAACACUGUGGUUUUGAUAAAAGAUGACAAUGCGCCUAGACUUGUAUGGCGAAUGGGUAUUGUGACAGAAUUACGUUCUGGACGUGAUGGUCGUGUCCGUGCAUGCACCGAGAGACUUUCGAAUGGAACUCUCGUUAGGAGACCUGUGCAAUUGUUAUGUGCUCUGGAACUCUUAGUCAACACUUAA